AUGAACAACACAAUUAUGUCAAGUAAUGGAACCACUUAUGCCUUAUAAACUCAAUUAGGCAGUGGUUCAUUCGGAACAGUCUAUAAGGUCUUAGAUCUCAGAACAAACAAGUAUUAUGCCUGCAAAAUAAUUUCAAAAGGAUUGUUAUAUAAAUAUAAUGCAGAAUAAAUGAUUAGACAGGAAAUACAAAUUCAAUCAACAUUAAAUCAUAAAAACAUACUCAAAGUCUAUCAUUCGUUUGAGGACUCUAAAAAUAUUUAUAUCAUUUCUGAAUUCUGCUCUCGUGGUUCGUUGUAAAUUCCAAAGACUCCAUAUUAAGAGAAAGAGGUUUUCAACAUUUGUAUUUCCAUGUUGGGUGCACUGGAUUGUUUGCAUUAAAAUAAAAUAAUCCACAGGGAUUUGAAAUUAGAAAAUGUUUUUCUUCACGAUGAUGGAACCUAUAAAUUGGGCGACUUUGGUUGGGCCACCUAUAUCGACAAGGUGGAGCCCAUUCUUUGUGGAACUACCGAAUAUAUGCCCCCUGAGGUGGUUCUGAAAAAGUAACAUGAUUAUAAGGUGGACUGCUAUUCGCUUGGAACUUUGAUAUAUAUCUUACUACAUACUCACUACCCAUUUUAAGCCAAUUCUUAGUCUGAACUAAUUGCCAAAAUUACCAGUCAAGAAGUGAUUGUUAAUAGUCAUAUUGAUGAGGAUUUGUAAAUUCUAAUACAAGCAUUGUUGACUAAGGAUCCCAACGACAGGCCCACAGUGCAAUAAUUGUACCUAAGUAGAUGGAUUAAAAAUUAGAUGAAGCUGAAUAAUAUCUUCAACAAGUAUGAGAACGAAUAACUCAAAAACAAAUUUAGGAAUAAAAAUAUUGCAAUCAAGACUCUGGAAGUGAAUGGAUCAAUCAAAGGCAGUUUAUCUGAUAGUCAAAAAAGCUCAUUAACUCAUAGUUCAAGUACUCAAAUCAGCUCAUCCAAUAAUGCAUGUUCCCCUGUUUCAAACAAAGGGCUUAUCGAUUCGAUAUUCAACUUCAAGGAAUUUGACAAUAUCAACUCUGUACCAUAACCUAAACUUUAUUGA